UAGAUUAGCCCAUGGAACUAGAUGUAUUACUGGAAGAAAAAUCGAAAGAGUUGAAGAAUUUGCAAGGAAAGAAGAUUCAGGCCUUAAACGACGAAAUUGGGAUCAAAGAAAGUCAACUGAAUGAAUUGCGAGCGCAGUACAAUGAACUGAAGGACAGCUUUCAAUACAAUUUAGAGCUUUUAGCAGAAAGAGACAAAGAGUUAGGAAAUUAUGAUACAAUCAUAACUCAGCUGAAUGAAAAAAGUGACUGUUUGACUGCAGAAUUAUCGGAUGUUAAGGUACAAUUAGCUGAUGCUCGACAAAAAUUGUUGGAAGAUAACGCCAAAAAGGAGGAAAUUCAGAGGUUAUUUCAAAACAAAAUUAAAGACAUUGAGGAUGACAUUCAACGUCAAUAUGAUUCUAAAGAGCACAAGUUGUCCAUGGAGCUUGCUGACACAGCACGGUUAAAGCAACAGUUGGAAGUUAAACUUAAUGACUUGCAGGAGGAUUCUGAGAGAAAAAGACGAGAAUGGGAGCGGAAUUUUGAAGAGGAGAUAAACUCUCUUAUAAGGGAACAUUCAAAUAAAAUCUCAGAUAAUGACACACAAUUGUUUCAAUGCCAAUCCAAACUGAAGCAGGUAUCAAGUGAGCGAGAGGCGCUGCGUCUAAGAGUAUCCGAGCAGGAAGAGAGUAUUACUACACAAAGUCAGCACAUCACUAAGAUGGAGGAGGCGGUGGAACACGCAGAGUGGGAUGUGAACAACUACAUCAGUGCUCAGCAGGCUAGGAUAUCUGAGCUGGAGAUUGUGCUGUCAAAACAAGCCGAACAAUUUGAAGAUAAGACCAGAAUCAUGGCUAACAAAUUGUCUGUCUGUGAGAGCCGUGUGUCCGAAAAAGAUGACGCCCUCAAGCGUUUAAAAGAGCAACACGAAAGUGAAAGAAAAGAAAGAGAAAGUGAAACUCAAGUCUUAUCGUACAAUCUCGAACAGCUGAAACUGAGAAAUAAAUGUGAUAUGGCUCGCCUUGAGGACAGACUGACAGAAGCUAAUGAGAAUGUUUCGCAACUGCAGUCUCAACUAGAAACGCAGCAAGUAACCCUGGAAACAGAACGACACAAGUGUGCCAAACAUGAAGUAAACCUGAAGUUGAGCGAGGGACAAUGCGAGGAGAGGAUCCGGGAAGUCCGGACUGAACUCGAGAUGAAGAAACAAGAUAUUGCUAGGUAUAAAACAGAGCUUGCAGUGAGCGUAAAACGCGAGGAAGCUUUUCGGAGUGAAUCAGAUCAGGAUGUCAGGCUGAUGAAGUUCAGGUGCGAGAAAGCAGAAAGGAAAGCUUACAGUUCGCAGGAGGAUCUGGUCAAAGAUCUGACGUCUUCUAGAGAUGUGGCGCUGGCGGAUGUUAAACGUUUGAAGUCAGAUUUGCUCCUGUUUGAGGAUGAAAUCAAGGUUCUGAAGGGCCAAAUAAGGAGAAGAGAAAACGAAGACACCUCAGAGCUAACCGAAGAGGAUACCGAGAUUAGCGCUCUCAGAGAUCAGAACACUCGUUUAAAAGACGUUAUUAAACAAAUGUCCGCUGAUAUCGAGAACAUCGCUGCUCAAAACAAAACACAGGAAAUUCAGUCUACCGUGGAUGAACCCGCUGCUAUUGAAGUAGCUCCACAGGAAAGACCGAAAUCAUUCCAAGAAGAAAAAGAACAUGAAACAUUGCGAGAAGAAGUUAUGUUUCUUAGAAAAACGAUAAUUUCUAUUAAAAACAGCGAGCUUUCUCAAAACAAUUACGAGGGAGAGUUGUUGGAAUGUAGAUCGCGUUUGCAGCAGGUAGAAAAAGAAAGGAACAGACUUCUCGAGCUCAGCAACAGUCUCAGAUCUCAGUUGAACAACCUUCAAGAUGAUGGCAAGAAAGGUGUUCCGUUACAAGAAAUCACAUCGAGGCUGCAGUCUGCUAGAUCUGCGCUCACAUCAAGUAUAGAACGAGAGAAACGGACUCGAACAAAAUCCGCGCAGUCCCAAAUGAGUUUACUACACAUGAGUGGAGACACCUCUCUCAACGAGGAACUGUCGGAUAUUUGUAGAAUGGUGGAAUCGGAGGAAAAUAGACCAUUAUCUGUGGCUAGUAGUGAUGUAAUGGUGACAGGGAAACAGAUGUCUCCGGCAACGCGACCUACCAUACCCACUCCUAAACUCGUAAUGAGAGGUGCUUCGAGACGGAAUGCUGGGCCUACUUCAGGAACAAAGAAAUCAAACAUCAGAAAUUAUAGUUUGAAAACUUGAUCUUAAAUCUAUUUCAAAAUUUAGACGGGUAAAUUUUUAAUCAAAAUUAUAAACGAUUCAUUCACAAUUCAUCAUUCCAUGCACUCGUUUCCGUACCCAUAUUGCAUAUUCACCUUAACGGGUGAUACUCGUAAAAUAUUUGUUCCAAAUAUUAGACCGUGGGAGCGAUACAUGAGUCAUUAUGAACAUUAAUUCCUUUUUGCAUUUAAAGUACGCCGCCCAGAUUGAGUACUUAAAGUUAAAAUGAUUGAUUAUCACAUGACUGAUUACAGUGACACACGUACAAACAAAAAACAAUAUUUUCCCCCUAAUACCAAUGGCAAUAAUAAACAAAGUAUACUUAUUAUUAUAUGUAUUAUAUAUUGUUCAUAUUUGUUGAUACACGAUGAUUAUAAAAUGU